AUGCUUAACCAUCCGCACAGACACACACACAAAGACCAACAACAACAACAACAGCAACAACUGGUUCUUCAUAUUUGCAGAUCAACAACACUUCCUCAAACACUAUCACGCAACCUGAAGCGACCCUUGGUCCAGCUGAGUAAAAUUAUUGCUCAAACGCGCGCAAUGGCCUUCUUCCCACGCAACUUCUACAACCCCGACGCGUCUUUCGCGCCGCUCUUCCGCCUUCUCGACGAGUUUGACGCCUACUCCCGACCGGCUAGCGGAAGCGGAAGCGGAAACGGCAACCAUCGGCGAGAAUCAGUGCUGUCUAUUUGGCAGCCCAAGUUUGACGUUCGCGAGACCGUCGACGAGUAUGAGCUCCACGGCGAGCUCCCUGGAGUCUACAAGGAGCAGGUCCAGAUUGAGUUCACAGAGCCGCAGACCAUGGUUGUGCGUGGCCGCGUGGAACGAUCGUACACGUCUGGCACACCACCCGCUGCUGGCCUUGUCAAGGGUGCUCCAGCGUCCAAGGCCAUUGCCGAGGGCGGCGAUGAGCAAUCGCAUCACGCCACUGUGGAGGAGGAGGGCGAAGCCCCCAACACCAACACCUACUCUAUUACCGACGUCGCCAGCCAAAAGACCGAUGCGGCCACCAACAGAGAGCCAUCCGACACCGCCAAGUACUGGCUUUCGGAGCGCACCGUAGGAGAAUUCUCCCGCACCUUUGGCUUCCCGGGCAGCAUUGACCAGGGUGCUGUCACGGCUAGCUUCAAGGAUGGAAUCUUGAGCAUUGUCGUACCCAAGGCAAAGAAGCAAGGAUCUCGACAAAUCGCCAUCAACUGAAUGGUUUCGGCGUGCAAAUCAUCAGUUCGCUCGGAGAUUUGCGGACUAUUCUACGGUCAGGUAUUACUUGACCCAAAUAUUGCUGUGCAUCACAAGACUAUAACACGCAACUGAGACAUACUUUCGACUCGAUCAACAACACUCCAUUUUGGACACUCGUUUGCCCUUAUUCUAGCGAAUGUACUUUAGCAUUUGGCAUUCAUUCGUCUGGUACCGUAAUGAUACAUUUUGAAACAUCUUCAUGUCUGUUGCACCAAUACUUGAAUCUUUUUUUUCCCUAGUGUACGGCCUGCUUGACACUCACACGCGUAGGACAAUGGGGCUCAAUGUUCGAUAACAACACUUACGGCUGUCGUGCAGCUAAGGGCUGUGUCUAACGGUGAUAGUGUCUGGAAUUGUGCUAUCGUGCGGAAGAUUCAACAGCUGCUUAUACCUGUGUAUCUAGGAUCCACUUCCUCGACAAUCCCAUUCAGUUUCAAAUCUCCACCUCGAUUCCCGCGCGCUUCAACAUUCUUCUCAAUUCUUCCAAUUUCGCCGGGUCCGUUGGCAGCGGCUGUUUGGGAAGCGAACAAUCCGCGGCUCUAUAUUGAUUGUUGCGAUAUUCGAUAGAACAACCUCCCAAGGGCUUAGGGCACUAUUGUCAUAUAGGCCGUUAGUCGCAACGCCGGGCUAUCAGUCGUUUAUGUUGAUACGUACCGGUGCACUUCCAUGGCAUGCGGUCCAGGUAAACCAGGGAGUCAAUUUCCAGCGGGGUCCCUCAGCUACAGUUUUGAAGUACCGGGACGUACACGUGCCAUAGACAUGCUCGCCCACAGUUUUCCCAGGAUAAGGACAGACCUUAGGAGGUCUCUCUUUUAGCAAGUAACGCAUUUGGAAGCUCAAGACAGAG